GGAAAAUGUCAAGUACGCGCUUAGUUGUCAUAUCGAAUGGGGUUGCAGCCCCAAAUACCCUUUAUUGGACGGCAAAUUCAGAUGAACAAAACAAUAGCACCACGAUUACUCUCCAGCCACGAGCUUAUGCUGACCCUAGCCAAGUCUGGGUCUUAAAGAACGAUGGUACUAGUUCUGGAAAGAAUACUAUUAUUAACGUAGGCAACAAAAGCCAAAAAGUUUGGGUCGUUACUGCCGUCGAUGGCAAUAAUCUCUGUAUGAAAGAGUAUAAUUCGGCUGACAUCGUCAAACCGGUACAACAAUUUAUUAUCACUACUCCUUCUAAGCCGGGGGUUCCUGUGACUCCUUCUAAGCCGGGGCUUCCUGUGAGUCCUUAUGUCAUUCAAUCUGUUGGCAUGGCAAAUCAAAAUGUAAUCUCCUACGUCAAACCGGGAGUUACAAUUCCAGAACUCAGUCUUUCUCCCAAAACCGACAACGGUCAAUGGAUCAUACUCCCUAUUAUUAAUUAA